CUUAGAUCUAGUCAAGCUUUUGUUUGUUGAUAGACUCAAGACGAGUCUCGUUGCUAAUUGAUCAGAGAAAAAUGCAUUUGUUAGUGCUUCCAAGUCCACUUCACGACGGAGAAGUCCAUUCAGUUGACGUUGAUAGUUCUAACUGCAAACUACUAACGGCUGGUAAAGAUGGAUCGGUUGCCAUAUGGUCAUUGCCUGAUUUGGUUAGCUUGAAAGGUAAGGAAGCAAUAACUGGGUUCAAGAGCUUGAAAAGCUUCAAAUACCAUAAUGACACUGUCACCAUUGCUAAAUGGUGUCCUACAAAUAACCAGAUAUUUGCUUCUUGCGAUAGAUCUGGGAACAUUUACAUUACGGACUUGGAAAAAGAUACUCAAAAGUUAAUAUAUCCAUUUGAGAGUCCUGAAACUAAGUCAAACAACGUCAUUGAUGGAUCUUGGUCCUUCAAUGGGAAGCUAUUCGCAUGGAGUACUUUAGAUGGGAAGGUUCAUAUAUAUGAUUACCAAAAAAAUACCUAUCAAGAAUUAACGAAAUUAAGCAAAUCAGAAAAGCCACUUACACAGAGAAGUAUUGCAUUCGACCCUACUGAUAACUACCUAGUAACCUUGGGUGAUGAUACUUUGAUAUACGUUUACCAAUUCCAAGAAGAAGGUGGUAAUUAUAAGUUUCGUUUAAUUCAUAAAAUAUCCAAGCUUAUUAAUAAAACUCCUUUGAAUGUGAAGUAUAAAAGGAUCUCUUGGUCUUGCGAUGGGGAGUUUGUAUCUGUGCCUACUGCAAUCAAGAAUCAAACUUCAUUAGUUUCGUUAAUCUCUAGGUCUCAAAAUUGGACAAAUAAAAUCAGUCUUGUUGGUCAUGACCUUAACUGCGAGGUUGUAAAAUUCAAUCCCAAAAUAUUCACUUCUGCGACCGUAAAAGAAGAUUCAAAUCAGGGAAAACCCGAAGGUGCUGAAAACGUUUUCAAUAUUAUAGCGACUGCAGGUUCUGAUAAAACACUCGUGGUAUGGAAUACCUCAAAGGCUUCCCCCAUAUUUGUUUUGAAGGAUCUCGUAUCAAAAGCAAUUGUUGAUUUGUGCUGGGAUAAGUCUGGUAGUCAUUUGUUUUUGGCAUCAUUAGAUGGUCUGUUAGCAGUUGUUAAUUUUGAACCAGCAGAAAUAGGAAGCGAAGCCCCUCCAGAACUAUAUAAUCAAUUAAAAGAAUUUGAGAAACAAUCUUUAAAACCGUUUGAUCAUAAAUAUGAAGCGCAGACUUCAGCAAGGAAUAAAGCCGAUCAACAAAUUGAAAUCUUGGACCAGAAAGAUGCCAUCCAAGUAGACAAUAUUUCCAAGACUCCCGCAAAGGAAUCAAAACCACCACUGCCAAAGAUGGAGCAGAAAGAGAAGCCCGAAAACAAGAAAACCGAUAUCGUUCCUCAAGUCAUUGCUGCUCCGUCUGUUGACGAAUCUUCAAUGGAAGUAGAUGACAUAUUACAAUCGACAAUGUCAAAUAGACAGGCCAAACCAUCCAAACAAGUUUCUAAGAAGACCACAGCAAAGCCGAUACAAAAAGAACAGCCUACGAGUGAACAACAAAAAAUAACAACAAAAAAUGGUAAGAAACGAGUUCAACCAUUGCUUAUAUCCGAAAACAACGAGACUAAAAGCCCAAAUCCAACAAAGUUAAAUGGAAACAGUACGUUUUCUGAGCCCUCAACUGCCACUGGGAAGUCUCUAAUGGAAUUUGAUAAACCUAGCUAUUCUGUGCAUGAAGAUGUCUUCAAAGAAAAGAAAAGGUUAAGAGCAAACCAAGAAGAACAAUCCACUAAAAAGAUUAAAAGAGAUUUGGAACCCAUCAAAUUCGUGGGGUCUAUCAUCGUUAAUCCCAAUACUACUUUUGCCAAAGUCCGUUUAUCAGUCCCAAAAGUUCGGCUUAACAUUAGAGUGAUCAGCAAAACAAACCCAAACAGCGAUGAUCCAUUUAUUUUAGAUAUUAGAAAUGGACAAGGAAACGAAGCAACACCUACACGUAUAACCUACUUUAAAAAAGAUAAACAACUAUGGUGCGAUUUUGUACCAAGAUAUAUUCAAUUAGUGACAGAAGGCUCUAAUUUUUGGGCUCUAAGUACUGCUGAUGGCCAAAUUUUGACGUAUUCAAGUCUUUCUGGAAGAAGGAUCUUACCGCCUAUGAUCAUCGGUACCCCAAUUUCUUUCUUGGAAAGCCACGGUAAAUAUUUAAUGGCCGUCACUGCAGUUGGUGAAUUGUAUGUUUGGAAUAUAGAAGAUAGAAAAAUUCAUUUGAAAUCUCCUCUGUCGUUGAGUCCCUUAUUAGAUUUAUCCAAUAAAUAUCAGGAUGAUGGUUUAUCCAAGGCAGAUAGCUUGACUAUGUGCUCUAUAACGUCUCGUGGUAUCCCCUUGGUCACCUUAUCGAAUGGAUCAGGUUAUCUUUUCAAUAAUGAUCUAGGAGCAUGGCAAACAAUAACAGAAUCUUGGUGGGCAUUUGGUUCGCACUACUGGGAUUCAUUGGGUAAUGACGACUCCUCAAAUAAACCUCAAGCUUUAUCUGUAUUGGGAGGUGAAGAUGAAUCUUCAAUUGUUGGUCUUCUUGAAAAUAAGACCAACGAGGAGAUUUUGAGGAAGACCCGUGCUGGACGAGGAAAAUACUUCAAUAAGAUAUCGAAAAAUAUGAUAAUGAAAGAAGGGUUUGAGAAUUUAGAGAAUACUAUAUCUUUAAGCCAUUUGGAGAACAGAAUACUUUGUUCUGAAUUAUUAGGGGAAUUCAAGGACUUCAAAAAAUUUCUUAUAACAUAUGCGAAAAGAAUUUGUGAAUUAGGAUUUAAAGCAAAAUUAUUUGAAAUAUGUAAUCAAUUAUUAGGACCAGUCUCCGAUGAUUCAGAAAAUGAAGAUGCAGAAGACCCCGAAAAGCUCGAUCAUACAUGGAAUCCUAAAGUUUGUGGGUUGGAUAAACAUGAAUUACUUAAAGAAAUCAUUCUUACAUGUGCUUCAAAUAGAGAUGCUCAGCGGGUACUUAUACAUUUUGGAAGAAAAAUUGGUAUUCUAGAUGAGCUUUCUUAUUAACCUAUGUACAAGUAUAUUUAUAUAAACAUCUAUAUAU